AUGGGGUCACUCUGUUCUAAGCCCGACGCUCAUAGUGGGUCUCAUACUGUCGUUGGUUCUUCUGGACCCGCUACACAGCCCCAUUCCAAUCCCGAAGAUCGUCGUAAUGCAGCGGCAGAAGCAGCUGAACGUCGACUGAAGGCGGCCCAAGAGCGUGGUACAAAUGCAUCCAAUCCCAACAGAGGUCAACUGGCAGCGAAAGCUGGAAAACCAGUGAAAUUCACACCUGAACAGCGAGAGGAAGAGAGGCUUGUGUGGGACUAA